GAGGUGGGCGGGGCUUGGGCGGCGCGCGCGCAGCCGCAGACGGCGUCCCGAUGGAGCCCGAGUCGGAGCCCGAGCCCGAACCCGCGUCCGUGGAGGUUCCCGCGGGGCGUGUGCUCAGCGCCUCGGAGCUCCGUGCGGCGCGCUCGCGGUCCCAGAAGCUGCCUCAGCGGUCGCAUGGCCCCAAGGACUUCCUCCCCGACGGCUCGGAGGCCCAGGCCGAGCGGCUGCGCCUGUGUCGCCAGGAGCUGUGGCAGCUGCUGGCGGAGGAGCGCGUGGAGCGCCUGGGCAGCUUGGUGGCCGCCGAGUGGAGACCCGAGGAGGGCUUUGUGGAGUUGAAGUCUCCAGCGGGGAAAUUCUGGCAGACCAUGGGCUACUCCGAGCAAGGGCGGCAGCGGCUGCACCCCGAAGAGGCCUUGUAUCUGCUGGAGUGUGGCUCUAUUCAGCUCUUCUACCAAGACCUGCCACUGUCUAUCCAAGAGGCCUACCAGCUGCUGCUGACUGAGGACACCUUGAGUUUCCUACAUUAUCAGGUCUUCAGCCACCUGAAGAGACUAGGCUACGUGGUCCGUCGGUUCCAGCCAAGCUCUGUCGUGUCGCCUUACGAGAGGCAGCUUAACUUGGAUGGCUAUGCCCAGUGCCUGGAGGAUGGGACUGGCAAGAGGAAGAGGAGUUCCAGCUGUUGGUCUGCUAAUAAGAAGGCUAAGGCUCUGCAGAACUCCCUGCCACCCGUGAGCUUGUCCGCCUCCAGCCCACCUGCCUGUGACCAGAAUAGCCAGUACCCAGAGAAGCCCCAGGAGUCAAGCCCCAGGAAGGGCUCAGGACUCUCCGUUCAGUCUCUAGGGUCUCCAGAGUCUUGCCCUGCUCUGGCCAGGGAGGAUGUGGGGUGUGGCCAGGAGAAUGAUAAAAUCGAGAAUGGAGCCAAGGGGCCCCCUAAACUGCGCUGGAACUUUGAGCAGAUCUCCUUCCCCAACAUGGCCUCAGACAGCCGUCACACCCUCCUGCCUGCCCCAGCCCCAGAGCUGCUCCCGGCCAAUGUCAUCGGGCGAGGGACAGAUGCUGAGUCCUGGUGCCAAAAGCUGAACCAGCGGAAGGAGAAGCUUUCCCGGAGAGACCGGGACCAGCAAGCAGAGGCCCAGCAGUUCCGGGAGGACGUGAAUGCAGAUCCUGAGGUGCGGGGCUGCUCCGGCUGGCGGGAGUACAAGGAGCUGCUGCAGAGGCGGCAGCUGCAGAAGAGCCAGCCCCGCCCCCCACACCUGUGGGGCCAGUCUGUCACUCCCUUGCUCAGCCCUGAGAAAGCAGAUUCCCCAGCCGCGGUCCUUCAACACAUCUCUUUGCUGCAGACAACACACCUUGCUGAUGGAGGUUACCGGCUGCUGGAGAAGUCUAGAGGCUUGGAGAUCAGCUUCGAUGUUUACCAGGCUGACGCUGUGGCCACCUUCCGGAAAAACAACCCUGGCAAACCCUAUGUCCGAAUGUGCAUUAGUGGAUUUGAUGAGCCUGUCCCAGACCUCUGCAGCCUCAAGCAGUUGACCUACCAGAGUGGGGAUGUUCCCCUGAUCUUUGCCCUGGUGGAUCAUGGUGACAUCUCCUUCUACAGCUUCAGAGACUUCACACUGCCUGUGGAUCUGGAGCACUGAAUGUACAGCUCUGAGGAUGGGCUUUUUCUGGGGGACUUGGACUGCUCUCAGGGACCAUGUCAGCUGACUCCUGUACAGGACUCACCAGGAACUGUCUGGGCCAAUGUGGUCACAGCCCUGGGUAUCUGCUGUUUGUAGGGGAGUGAAGCCUUGCCCCAUUCCCUCUUGCCUGGCAGUGACCCCCUUGGAUCUCAGGACUUGAUUUCAGAGGCCCGGGAGGUAGGGCAGAAGAGAGGACUCUGUGCCUUUAAACAGGGGGGUGCCUGCUUCGUGCCAUAAAGCCAAAGCCAUUAAAAAA